GACAGGCAGAGAGUGUAAAAUGGCGCACAGCUGUCGGUGGCGGUUCCCCGCUCGGCCCGGAGGGAGCAGCAACUCCGGUACCGGGAGGAGAGCGGGCCGAAUCAGGGUUACUGCCUCUCUGCGGAGUGUCUCGGGAUCCCACCCCAACGCAGCUGGGCUCGGACCCGGGUUUGAUGCUGCACUACAGGUCUCUUCGGUUAUCGGGAGCAACCUGCAGAAAUUUCGGGAUGUUUUGGGGGAAUCGAGCGACUCGAGCAGCGGGGAGGAAGAAGCAUUUGGAGGAUUUGGAAUGGUUGCUGAGCAGAAUAGAGUACAGAGCCCUUCAGCAACCUCUUCAGUGGGCCCACCCAUUCAGGAGAAGAAGCCCAGAGGCCGACCCCCACGGGCCCUGACUGCCCAGAAAGCUGCUGCAAGUCUACCUUCCCCCUCCCCCAUUCCCUCCCCCACACAGGCGAAACCAGAGGGCGCGGAAAGGCCAGCUGAGAAGGUGAAGCGGCUGCCUGGGAGGCCACCUGGCACCGGGGAAAAGAGAAGAGGUCGACCCCCAUCUUCAAGUAGUAAGAAAGCUUGGAGUACAGGCAGCCAUGCAGCAGGGGAGGACAGUAGGCAGGUUGGGUCUGAGUUGGGCAUGGACACAGACGAGGACAAAGACAGGAAGGGUGCCAAGAGGACGCCACUGGGCUCUGCACAGCCUCAUGAAAGUGAGGCAAAGCUUCCCAAAGGUGGGCGGGGUGAAUCCAAAGUUGCCAACCUGAAGAGGCUGAGAGCAACAAAACUCGCCCCUCUCAAGUCACGGCUCAAGACUUUGCCUGGUGUACCCCGACGCAGACGUGGGCGACCGCCCUCAGCUGAGCGGCUCAAAGCUGAGGCGGCAGCUGCUGCUGCACAGCUGUCUACCUCUAUUGAAUGUGGGGAAGGGAAACACAAAGCCUUUAGGGUCAGAGGGGGGGACAGAGGCACAGAAAUACACACUCCCCAACAGCCCAUGCUGAGGAAUGUGGAUGGAGCUGAGGACCAGGACUCUUCCAAUCCACCUGCCUCCCCAUCUCCCUCCAAGCCAGGCAGGACAGUGGGCCUCAGAAAAAGCCCUCGGCACAGAAAGCCUGUCAGAAUUGUCCCCCCUUCUAAACGCACUGAUGCCACCAUCGCGAAACAGCUGCUGCAGCGUGCUAAGAAAGGAGCGCAGAAGCGAAUGGAGAAAGAAGCUGUGGCCAUCGGGAGUAGUGGGGCAGGAGCCAUUGAAGCUGGCAUCAGGAAGACCCAACUGAAGAACAUCAGGCAGUUCAUCAUGCCUGUGGUCAGCACUGUCUCCCUUCGCAUCAUCAAAACCCCCAAGCGCUUCAUUGAAGAUGAGGGCAGCUUUGGAACCCCACCACCCCAUAUGAAGAUGCUACGGUUAGAAACAACCCCCUCAUCUGUCUCUACAUCUGCCCAACUCACCUCCACCACCUCCUCUUCCCCCUCUCCUGUGCUGGUCUCCCCUACUCCUGCUGCUACUAACGCUGGUACCACUGCUCCAAUUGACUCCCUCCCCCCUCCUCCACCGCCUGCCCCUGUCCCAACUGUUCCAUCAACAGCUGCCAGUCUGCUCAACAGCAACACCAACAAUGCCACCAAUGGGCGAUUUAGCAGUAGCGCGGCGUCUUGCGGCUCAAGUGCUGUGUCACAGCAUUCCUCCCAGCUCUCCUCUGCAGAGUCUUCCAGGUCCAGCAGCCCAAGCCUGGAUGACUCAUCAUGUGACUCCCAGGCUUCUGAGGCCACACAGGCUUUGUCAGAACCAGAGGAUCACUCUCCGUCCUCGCAAGGAGAGAGGGAGGGCAAUCUGUUACACAGCUCACGACCUCCCUCCCCUCCAUCUGAACCAGAGCCUGAGCAUGUGUUGGCAGAGAGGAGUCGACGAGGCAGGAGAAGACAAGGGGUCGGCCGGGGAAGUCAGAGCCAGACGGUGAGAGAGACUCUCAAAACUGGGCCUAAAAAGCCUAUCAUCAGCCCACCAACAGGAGUGCUGAUGUCCUCCUCUACACUUGUAAAUUCCCAGCAAGCUUCCUCCACAGCUUCCUCCUCUUCUUCACCUCCACCUCCCCCUCUCCUCACCCCUCCACAGCCUCCCCAGUCAGCUUCCUCCAAUACAGCUACUAUGAGUGAACACCACCCGCAGUCACCCUGGAUGCCUCACCCCAUCCCUCCAUUUCUAUCUGGACCAUCAGUGCUCUCCAGCUUGCCAGACAAACGAAGUCGCUCAAUUCUGAGAGAGCCCACCUUCCGCUGGACGUCCCUGUCCCACCCUGAACAACAGUACUUUUCCUCUGCUAAAUAUGCCAAGGAGGGCCUCAUCCGUAAGCCCAUAUUUGACAACUUCCGUCCUCCCCCUCUCACAGCUGAAGAUGUGGGGCUGUUGCCCCAAAGUGUUAGUGGAACAGGGGGAGCUGCUCCAGUGGCAUUCCCUGCACCAGGCAGUGGAGCAGGAACAGGGACUCGUCUGUUUGCCCCUCUGCACCCCCAUACCCACCACCAACAUCCCUCUUCGUCCCGUUUUGAUGCAGCAAUCCAGAAGCGCAGCCCGUUGCUCCGUGCUCCACGCUUUACACCCAGUGAGGCCCACUCUCGGAUAUUUGAGUCUGUUACCCUACAGUCAUCUUCUGGGAGCACCCCUGGCUCUCUCUCCCCACACCAGACAUCCUCUAGCUCCAGCAGAACCUCGCGGCGCAGGAGGCGACUGGUCGCUGGAACGCUACGUUGCCAUCCACGGUCUCCUUCCCACUCAAUGACCAGACGCAGCAGCCAAGUGGGAGGCCAGAUUUCUGUGGGAAAAGGCUCCUCUGAGAUGUCUGUGCUGACAGGCUCUGUCUCGGGUAGUAACCCCAGCUCUUUGCCAGGGGUCUCUGCAAGUCCCCUAGCCACUAGUGCCUUAACUCCUGCUCCUUUCAGCACCUUCUCCACAGUACCCCUGGGUCUGGCCUCACAAGGGACACCUGAAAGCAGGAGAGGGGCUCCUGGAAACCCACCUCCUUUGUCAACUACAUCAUCCUCUUCUUCCCCACUUUUCCCUCUCUUUCCUUCCAGUGCCCAGGACACGGGGCGAGGAGCCGGGAAAGGAGGUAAAGAGAAAAGCUUAUCAGCUCCCCAGGAACCUGCUCCAAAGGAAAAAGAAAGGGAUUCUGAGAAAAACCGAGAGAAAGAGAAGGAGAAUAAGAAGGAGGGUAAAAAGGAUGGAAAGGACUCAGAAGAUGCUCUUUUAUCUCUUGCUCCGAAAAAGGCUCCAGGGAGAAAAAAAUCAACCUCCGUUGACAUGGUUUCUGACACUGCUUCCUUGGAGGUGCGUGGGCUCCAUACCGCUGUUCCCAUGUCCAUUGCUAAAGGACGUCUACCUAAGAAAGGCAGACCCUCUGAGAAAGGAGCAGAGAUUGAGGAUGGGGAAAAGGAGAAGCAAAGUACUCCUAACCAGCAGACAGCAAGCGUUCAAGGGCAGCCAGGCAGACAGCAGCUCCCUGUCUCCUCUCUUGGAUCAAUGUUGGCACAAGCAGAGAAACAGCCUGUGACUGACAAGCGGGUAGUUGGACUACUGAAGAAGGCCAAAGCCCAGCUCUUCGAGAUAAAGAAGAGUAAGCUGAAGCCUGCAGACCAGACCAAGGUCCAGGGUCAAGAGAGUGACUCGUCAGAGGCCUCAGUCCGUGGUCCACGGAUCAAGCAUGUAUGUCGUCGUGCAGCUGUGGCUCUUGGCCGUAAUCGGGCAGUGUUCCCUGAUGACAUGCCCACACUUAGUGCCUUGCCCUGGGAGGAGAGAGAGAAGAUCCUAUCUUCCAUGGGGAAUGAUGACAAGUCAUCAGUAGCAGGCUCAGAGGAGGCAGAGCCUCAGUCCCCUCCCAUAAAGCCACGGGAGACACGGCAAAAGGCCGUUCAAGAAGCUCCUCCCAAGAAGGGGCGUCGGUCGCGACGUUGUGGCCAAUGCUCAGGCUGCCAGGUUCCAGAAGAUUGUGGUGUCUGUACUAACUGUCUCGACAAGCCUAAGUUUGGAGGACGAAACAUUAAAAAGCAAUGCUGCAAGAUGAGGAAGUGUCAGAAUUUGCAGUGGAUGCCCUCAAAGAUGUUUCUUCAGAAGCAAGGCAAAGGUAAGAAGGACAAGAAAAAGAAUAAGCUUUCUGAGAAGAAGGAGGGUCUCAAUGCGGUUAAAGGACCAAACUCAGAGUCUGGCCCUAAACCUACUCCUGGACCACCAAAGGAGGAGCCUCCUCGCAAAAAGAGUGAAACUCCUCCUCUAAAGCUGGGAGAAGAGAAGUCAAGACAGCAGCCAUCAUCAAAGCAAGCAUCUCCAGCCCUCACAUCUUCCCCUGCCCCGGUCCAACCCCCUCAGGCCCCUAGCACAGUCACAGUCCAGGCUCCGUCUGCAGCCCUGACACCAGACCCCAAACAGCUCUCAGUCACGAGCAGUGUCACCAAUAAGAAGGGGCACAAACCACAGCAGCCUGUACCAACACCCUCGUCCUCGUCAUCCUCCUCUUCCACUUCAUCGUCUUCUUCAUCCUCGUCCUCUUCGUCCUCGUCAUCGUCAGCCCAGAAUUCCCCCUCUCAGUCUACUCUGUCUCAUCAAGCAUCCCAACAGCAGCAACGGCCUCUUACGAGUCAGGCACCUUCAAAAAAAGAUUCUUCACCCAAGAUGAGCGAGGCCAAGAAGAAGCCCCAGCAGUACUCAUCGCAACAGCAGAGCUCAUCUACAAAUAUUUCAGAUACAGUUGAAUCAAAACAGUUGAAGAAGCCAACUUCUCGCACUGUUCCUCCAUCUCCCAAACAGAGACCAAAAGACAAGCCGCUGACCACUAAACCCCCCAGCAGCAGUACUUUAAACUGGCUGAGCACUCCCUCGACUAGGGGCCAGGCGAAGUCCAGAGCGCCCUGCGACGGAGUGCAUCGUAUCAGAGUGGAUUUCAAGAGGGACCAUGAUGUGGAGAAGGUGUGGGAGGCUGGCGGCCUCAGCCUUCUCACCUCUGUACCUGUCACACCCAGGGUGCUCUGCUUCUUAUGUGCAAGCAGUGGGAAUGUUGAGUUCGUCUUCUGCCAGGUAUGCUGUGAACCAUUCCACCUCUUUUGCCUGGGGGAGUCAGAGCGCCCUCCCCAGGAGCAGUUUGAGAACUGGUGUUGUCGACGAUGCCGAUUCUGCCAGGUCUGUGGGCGCCAGCACCAGAAAACUAAACAGCAGCUGCUAGAGUGUGAUAAGUGCCGUAACAGCUAUCACCCGGAGUGCCUGGGUCCCAACCAUCCUACAAGACCCACCAAGAAGAAGAGAGUCUGGGUAUGCACCAAGUGUGUGCGCUGUAAGAGUUGUGGAGCCACUAAACCUGGGAAGUCCUGGGAUGCCCAGUGGUCACAUGACUUCUCCAUGUGUCAUGACUGUGCCAAACUCUUUGCUAAAGGGAACUUCUGCCCACUGUGCGAUAAGUGCUACGAUGAUGAUGACUACGACAGCAAGAUGAUGGAGUGUGGUCGUUGCAACCAUUGGGUUCAUGCCAAGUGUGAGAAUCUGACAGAUGAAAUGUACGAGCUGCUGUCAAAGCUGCCAGAGAGUGUUGCCUACACUUGUACCAAAUGUACUGAAUGCCAUCCAGCCGAGUGGAGGACAGCGUUGGAGAGGGAGCUUCAGGGCUGCAUUCACCAUGUCCUUACUGCACUGCUCAACUCCCGCACAUCCACACACCUGUUACGCUACAGACAGGCGGUGAAGCCUCCAGAGCUGAAUCCAGAGACAGAGGAGAGUCUCCCAUCCCGUCGUUCCCCGGAGGGCCCAGAUCCUCCAGUCCUGACUGAAGUCACCCACACACCUCCAAGUGACUCCCCUCCAGACCUAGAGUCUGUUGAGAAAAAGAUGGAUCAAGGCCGUUACAAUUCAGUGCUGGAGUUUAGCGACGACAUCGUGCGAAUCAUUCAGACGGCCAUAAACACUGACGGUGGCCAGCCUGAAAGCAGGAAAGCCAAUAGCAUGGUCAAAUCUUUCUUUAUACGGCAAAUGGACCGGAUCUUCCCAUGGUUCAAAGUGAAAGAGUCCAGGUUCUGGGAAAGGCAAAAAGUCUCUGCCAAUGGGCUGCUCCCAAAUGCUGUCCUGCCUCCAUCCCUGGAUCACAACUACGCCCAGUGGCAGGAGAGACAGGAGCUUUCCCGUGCUGAACACCCUCACCUCAUGAAAAAGAUCAUCCCAGCUCCCCGGCCCAAGACUCCAGGUGAACCAGAAUCUCCAGCCUCCCCACCUCCACUCCCUUUCUCUCUACCCCCACCACCGCCACUCUUACCUGAUCGUGAAGACAGCCCAGAGCUCCCUCCUCCACCAGGAGUUAGCGAUAACAGACAAUGUGUUCUGUGUCUGAAGUAUGGAGACGAGAACACUAAUGAGGGUGGCAGGCUGUUGUACAUUGGUCAGAAUGAGUGGACCCAUGUGAACUGUGCCCUGUGGUCCGUUGAGGUGUUUGAGGAUGACGACGGCUCACUGAAAAAUGUUCACAUGGCUGUUCUCAGGGGAAAACAGCUGCGAUGUGAGAAGUGUCAAAAGCCAGGGGCCACUGUUGGCUGCUGCCUCACCUCUUGUACCAGUAGCUACCACUUCAUGUGCGCCCGUCAGUGCCACUGUGUCUUCCUGGAGGACAAGAAAGUCUAUUGUCCAAAGCACAGGGACCUCAUCAAGGGAGAAGUGGUGUCAGGGUUUGAGGUGACCCGCAGGGUCCUGGUGGACCUAGAGGGCAUUAGUCUCAGGAGGAAGUGGCUUUCAGGACUGGAGCCUGAUAAUGCCCACAUGAUGAUAGGUUCCAUGACCAUUGAUUGUUUGGGGAUACUGACUGAACUCUCAGACUGCAAACGCAAACUCUUUCCUGUAGGAUACCAGUGUUCACGGGUGUACUGGAGUACUUUAGAUGCCCGAAAGCGCUGUGUAUAUACCUGUAAGAUCCUAGUUUGUCACCCUCCAGUGGUAGACUCUGACCUGAAGAACUUGAUUGAUUCUGAGGAGAAUCGUACAAUAGCACACAGCCCACCUCCCAUAGCAGACUUUCCUGAUCCAUUUGAAUCCCCAAGGCGCUCUGACACCCUUUCCCCUACCAACACCCCAAAGCUCAGGGUUUAUACCAGGAACCGACAUCCCAGCUAUCCCCCUUGUCAGCACUCACUAGGCCCCAGGCCCAUGCCCUCUCCAGGAGGUACUUCUCAGCCCCAGAGCCAUGAGAUUGUGACAGUAGGAGAUUCCCUGGUGAACCCUGGCAUGCGUAAUAUUGACUCACGUCGCCACAGCUCCCCUUCUCUCUCUCCUCCUCCCCACCAGCUGAACAGACAGAGAGGGGUCACCUCCCCGCCUCAAAUUUUGUCACGACCCCUUACCUCACCCCCUCCCCUAAUCCCCUCCCCUGCCAGAGACCCGGAGAAGUCCAAACACCCCAGCAAAGACUCAGCUAAGAGUCCAGUCCAGAGAGAUGAUGAAAGAGGUAGACUGUUCGCCACAGACAGAAAUAGACAGCAACCAUCCAGAGACCAAGGGUUGAAGGAUCCUGACAAGGGGAGAGUGUCAAGUCGAGACCAAGCUUCUAAGGAUUCUGAGAAGAACAGAUCAUCCAGAGAGCUUGGGCAAAAAGACUCUGACAAGGGUGAACAACCAGCCAAAGAGCAAGAAAAGAGGAGACCGUUGAGUAAAGACUCAGGUCUGAAAGAAUCUGAGAGGGGAAGACCUCUCAGUAGAGAUCCCUUAAGAGAUUCAGAAAAGGGGAGACAAGCAAACAGAGACUCUGAGAAGGGGAGACAGGCAAGCAGAGAGUGUAGCAGUAGAGAAACAGAUAGAAGCAAAUCAUCCUCUAGAGAUCCCAGCUAUAAGGAUAUGGAAAAAGCUAAGUCACUCAGUAGAGAUACAGGGUUUAGGGACUCUGAGAAGCAUAGACAAUAUAGCAGGGAAACAGGAAAAGACUCAGGCCAAGGUAAAGACAGACCAUCUAGCAGAGACUCUGACAAAGGUAGACCUUCCUCUAGAGAUUCCAGUUAUAAAAGCACAGAGAGAAACAAAGAAUCUGGCUCAGGGAAAGAUAGUAACCCUGGCAGUCAGUCCAAACCCGCUGGAGGUGAAAGUAAGAGCCCUAGACUGGCACCUGCAGGUUCGGGCCAGUCCUCCCCACCUGUGGGCACUGCUGUUCUCACAGGUCAGCAGAGAGGUGGCAGCACCAAGCAGACAGACAAGCAAGGGAAAUAUGGAGGCAAAGACCAGGAUGUUUCUGUAGGCCUUAGUUUGUUGCCUCGUCACCGGUCCAACCCCAACUCUAACAUCAUCCAGUCUAAGGACAAGCCCAGCUCAGGGAAGGAGAGUAGUAGUGGCACUGGAAAUUUAAUGCCAGCUUCACACCAUAAGGACUCUGUUGUUCGGAAGUCCGGCUCCCCACAGCCUUCAUUUCAGAAGUCCAAUGCACGGAAAUCAAAUGAUUACUCAUCAGGUUCAGGCACAGCAGCAGCUAUGAAGCCUCUGUGGCCGUCAAGGACACCAGCAGAAGACGACGUCAAGCGAGGCUCAAUGCACCUGGCCUCCCCAGUUGCAGCCUCAGCUGCCAAAGACAAACACCUCAAAGUUAAGACGGCCGGCAGCAGAGAGGUGUCCAAAGACCGUGAAAAAGAGAAGACUGUCCAAAACAACAACAGCAGCAACAAAAUUCCCCUUCUCAACAAUAAUACUAAAGCCACUGGCAGCUCUAACACACAUGCUACAAACCCCAGCUCUCACAACAGCAGCAACAGCAAAGCCCCAGUGCUUGGAAAUAGCACCAAAGCCCAUGGGAGGGGUCAGGGGGAGAAGCAUGAGAACCAGGGAGGAGACAGAUCAUCCUCAAAGAGCAGAGAAAAUUACUCCUGUCCUGAGAAGAAGAAUAGCUCCAGUCUGGACAACUUACAGCAGCUGCAGCAGACUGGUUUAACUUCAGAGAAAGGAGUGAAGACCUCUUCUCAGUCUCACUCCAAACAAACAUCUAACCAGCUGUCGUUGUCCUCUCGAGAGAAAAAGCGAUCAGUUAAACCCCCCACUGUAACUCCACUAAAGAGUGAUAUCAAGACUGACCCUAAUGGGACCAGCACUGUUAGUGGUAUUUCUUCUUCCUCCUGUCCCACGACCACUACCUCCGCUGUUUCUCCUGCCGGCCAGGGGACCCGUCGCUCUGCCCGCUCCGCUCUUUUCUCCUCGCCCUCUGCCAGCAGCAGUGAUAGCUCUGAAUCCGACAUCCAGACUCAGACAGAAGACGAUGAUCUGCACAAGGAGCACUCAGGCAGCGAGCUCCGAGACCACCACAGCCUCCUCACUCAAGGCCCUGAGGAUGAGGGUGAUGGCCCAGAAGAUGACCAUGACAGGGGUAUGCAUGAUAAACAUCAUGAAGAUGACAGUGACGGAUCAGGGUCAGCCAAGCGGCGUUACCCUCGACGCAGUGCCCGUGCACGCUCCAACAUGUUUUUUGGCCUCACACCUUUCUAUGGGGUUCGCUCAUAUGGUGAAGAAGACCUUGCCUUCUACAGCAGCGGGGAUGGAGCUGGGGCUGUGGUAAAGAGGAGGACUGGUGGACGCAAGAAGUCCGCUGAAGGGCAGGUGGAUGGAGCAGAUGAUAUGAGCACCUCCUCUUCGUCAGGGGACAGUGGAGAGGAUGAAGACAGCGGACUCAAACAGAGGGGUAAAGACCCUUACUACUACAACUUCACCCGAACAAUAAUUAACCCUGGUGAGGGCUUACCGUCUAUAGAAGGGAUAGACCAGUGUCUCGGAAGGGGCUCACAGCUUCAGCGUUUUCUAAAAGAUGAGGAGCAGCAACAACAGAGGGUUCAAGGAAAAGCUGAGGAGGACAUGCUGAGUGCUUUGACCUUAGGCAAGCAGCGUAUCGGGCAGCUCGAUGGUGUUGAUGAUGGCUCAGAGAGUGAUACCAGCAUCUGCACCACCAGCACCACAACCACUACGGCCACCUCCUCUACCACCCCACAUAAGAGCACUCCUAAGAGAAGGGGCAGAGAAAGGCAUACUGAGAAACCUGACCCUCAUGACUCGAGCAAGGAGGCUGACAGCAGUGGAGGAGCAGUAAGCGGUAACACACGAGAAGGAAGAAAGAACCAGAAAGAAAAUUGUCUUCCUCUAGGAGUUGGGGUCAAGUCCCAACCACAGAGUCAGGGUCAGGAUCCUCUUGAAGCCCAACUGUCCCUCAGCACAGACCUGCUUAAAUCAGAUUCUGACAACAACAACAGUGAUGACUGUGGGAACAUUUUGCCAUCAGACAUCAUGGAGUUUGUUCUGAACACGCCUUCCAUGUCAAUGCAGGCUCUGGGUCAGCAGUCUGAGCCGUCCUCCUCUGAGUUGCUGCUGGAUGAGGGUUAUGUUGGGGUAGACGUCAACCGGCGCAAAGACAUUCUGUUUGACGACUUUUCCCAGCCACUGCCCAGUGCUGAGAGUGGAGGUGUAGUGGAGAGUAGUGUGAACAGCUCCAUAUCUGUAGAGGAGCCAUAUCUUCCUCUAGAGCUGCCCUCUGACCUCUCUGUCCUGACCACACGCAGCCCGACUGUCAGCACAAGUCAGAACCACACUGCUGGAAGCCUCAUCUCAGAUACCUCAGACCGUACCAUGCUUGGCUUAACCUCUGACCCAGAGACCAUCAGUGGAGAAAAGAGUGGUGAUAAGAAAAGAGCAGGGCCAGGUGUGUCACCAUCCGAAAAUCAGCACGAUGCUACAACUUUGGGAAACAGGGAUACACAGGUCACCGAAGGUCACAUGACUCCUGAGCAGUUUAUUCCCAGCCCUGCUAUUGGCCAGGUGGUUGAUCCUCCAGGUAACCAGGACGCUCCAAGGAGUUCUGGUACUCCUGGUUUGCCAAGUUCUCCCUCCCUGCCUCUUCAGGGUCAGAAGUACCUCCCAGCAUCAGCGGCAGCUGCAGGCAGCCCUAGUCCAGUCCCUGGACCAGGACCAUCCCAGACUCAGGUUUCCAGCCCAGCAGUCAUCAAACCAGGCCCCGACAAGCUCAUUGUGGUCAAUCAGCAGUUCCAGCCCCUCUAUGUCCUCCAGCCUGUCCCUAAUGGUGUCCCCCAAAAAAUUAGUGCCACAGGAGUGAUGGACACAAGUUCUCCUGCAGUGCUGAGCUCUAUGACACUUACCACAGGGUUGAAUACUGGUUUAUCCCCAGCCCAGCCAAUAUUUCCCGCUGGUGGCAAAGUCCUGGGCACCAUGCCUCACCCCUCUCACAUUCACACCUUUACAGGCGCCGCACAGACAGGCUUCCAGACAGGAAUCCCCAGCACCACUUCAGGACUUCUCAUUGGGUUGCCCUCUCAGCCCCACGACCAGUCCCAGAUUCUGGUCUCGGAGGCUGGUCGACCACACGAGUUGGGUCCCAGUGUUGCCAUAGUGUCCAGUCCCUCCUCCCUCACUUCUUCCCCGACUGUACUGGCCUCUGCCCACGGCAGGAAGAGGCCUAUCUCUCGUCUUCAGCCAAGAAAAAGCAAAAAGUUGGCCCGCUCGCGUAGCCAGCCUACUCUGGCGCCGUCUGAAGUGGGACCUCCUAACAUGACCCUCAUCAACCUGUCUUCCCCUCAGAUUACUGCUAGCAUCCCUGGCCAGCCCGGUGGCCUGGUCGAGUUAAGCACCCUCUCCGCUUCUCAGCGCAAAGUCCCAAAUAUUAUCAAGAGACCAAAAUCAGGAGGGGUUAUGUACUUGGAUCCCACUACUCUCCUUCAGCAGAGGAUUCCUGGUCCUGCUCAGCCCAGUAUCCUGGGUCACGAUUCCUCUACUCAUCUCCUGCCGUGCACAGUCUCUGGUCUCAACCCCAGUCAGUCAGUUUUGAAUGUUGUGUCUGUGCCCCCUAGUGGUGCUACUGGCCUUCUUGCACCAGGAUCAGUCUCUCUCUCCACCCCAGUACUCAGCUCUACUGAGAUCACAGGGCCAAUUAGCAACCUCCUGUUUAAGGCAAGUCCACAUGGCUUAGGCCUGUCAGAUCAGCCAAUGGUCCUUCAAUCAGCAGGAGGAGCUCCUCUGAUGUCACAGCUUAGCUCCUCUGUGCAGACAUCUAUAGCCAGCAGCAUCUGCGUCCUGCCCUCCCAACAGACCAUCAGCAUGGCCGUCAACCAGCCAGGAGACACGGAAGGCAGUAAUGUCCACUUACAGCAUCAGCCUCAGUCUGUUAACAGAGCCCAGACUGUGGACUCCUGUCCAAACACCACUGUUACUUUAGCCCCUGGCCCAGCCACCACUCUAAGCCCUGCCAAGGGGCGUGUGGUCGGGGUGUUCACGCAAACGCAUACUUCUGCACACUCCAAGAGCAGCAGAACAAAUCCUGUUUCCAGAUCAUCAGAACAGAGGUCUCCUAACUCUACUACAGUAGUGUCAGCGGCAGUCGCAGGUUCAGGAGCAGAAAAGGGCAAACAGAAAGCCAAGAGGAGCAGGCAGAGUCCAGACAUGAUCAGCGGGAAGAAGCUCAAGGCCUCUCAGGCCGAGGAGCAUCACAGCAACCCUGCAGGACGACUCCCAUCAAACCCAAGCAGUUCUAAAGAGCUGAUCUCCCCUGAACCUAUGGACACCGGCAAGCCCCCAGAUAAGCCAACCAACAAGAGUGUGCUUGGUAAAAAGAAGGCAUCUGAAAGUCCUGUUUUAUUGGGGAAAGUAGUGGGAAAAGACAAACCAUCUGCAGCUGGAGGAGCAGGGUCCCUUCCUGUGACUUCACCACCUGACCAGGAUGGCAACAGCAGGGAUACAGGCUUGGAUAGCAAACCCAAGAAGGGCAUCAUCUUUGAAAUCUGCAGUGAGGACGGAUUCCACAUCCGCUGUGAGAGUAUUGAAGAGGCUUGGAAAUCUCUGACUGAUAAGGUGCAGGAAGCUCGCUCCAAUGCACGACUCAAAGAGCUCUCUUUUGAAGGUGUGAACGGACUGAGGAUGCUGGGAGUCGUCCAUGAAGCAGUGGUCUUCCUGCUGGAGCAGUUGGACGGCUCCAGACACUGUCGGAGCUACCGUUUCCGCUUCCACAAACCAGAGGAAACUGAUGAGCCUCCCAUUAACCCCCAUGGCUCAGCUCGUGCAGAGAUCCACCACAGGAGGUCUGUAUUUGACAUGUUCAAUUUCUUGGCUUCAAAACAUCGCCAGCCUCCUGAGUAUAGGCCGCAGGAAGACGAUGACGAGGAAGGGCAGCUCAGGAGUGCCAGGCGUGUCUCCAUGGAGCUACCACUCGCUGUGAGAUUCAAACAGCUCAAGGCCACCUCUAAGGAAACUGUCGGAGUCUACAGGUCCCCCAUUCAUGGUCGAGGUCUGUUCUGCAAGAAAACCAUUGAUGCGGGGGAGAUGGUCAUUGAAUACUCUGGAAAUGUCAUUCGGUCUGUGCUCACUGACAAACGGGAGAAAUAUUAUGAUGGAAAGGGCAUUGGCUGUUACAUGUUUCGCAUCGAUGACUACGAGGUGGUAGAUGCCACCGUGCACGGCAACGCUGCCCGCUUCAUCAACCACUCCUGUGAGCCCAACUGCUACUCUCGGGUCAUCACUGUGGACGGCCAGAAGCACAUUGUCAUCUUUGCCUCUCGCCGCAUCUACUGCGGAGAGGAGCUCACCUAUGACUACAAGUUCCCUAUUGAGGACGCCAGCAACAAGCUGCCCUGCAACUGUGGUGCAAAGAAGUGUCGCAAGUUCCUCAACUGAUGCCCGUAUUGAAACAAUUUAAAGAGGACUGCAGGUCUGUUGAGCAGAAGUGCCACAGUGUUCUGAGGACGGCCCUGAUGGGGCUUUGCAGUGGCACUGGUCUUAUGCCGAUUCUGGGUCCGGGCCAUGUAGGACCACAGCUGCAAACAGGGCAUGAGCUCUGUCAGUGUCUCUGCUGCUGGUGUUGGCAGAACGCAGCAGAGACAGCGGUUGUGGGGUCGUGAUAUAUAUGCCGGAAGGGCCAUUUUGGUGGAGGGGCCAUUUGUAGAAAUUCCAACAUAUUGUGCCUCCUUUUGUUUCAUUUACAUUCGGCACAGGAAGUUUCACCUCAGAGGUGUGCUCUGAAACGGUUUGAGGCUUCACAACAUUACAAUAUUAACUUUUAUUUACAUUUGGAUGAUAAAGUUACCACUCUUAUUUUUUAUUUUUUUUUUACAUUGGCCCAUCCUCCUUAAUUUUCUAAAAAUAUGUUAUGCUCCACUAAUGCUGAGAUUUGAACACAGAAGAAAACAAAUCAAAGAACUUGGUUCCAUUUUACACCAAAGUGCAAUUUGUUGAGGGGACUUGGAACAGUAAUUUUACUAGAAAGAAAAAUUA